AUGUCCUCGCUAAUCGACCUUGCGCAGACUAUCGCCGUAGAAGCCAAGCGCCUCGCCGACUACAUUGAAGAAAACAAUCUCCCCAAUCCGUCAUUCGCGGCCGAUGGGCCAGCUUUCCUUCCCAUUCCCUCAGACAACCAGCAACUAAAAGCCUCACAAGGUAGGCUGCAUGCUGCAGCGCAAGACAUUACGGCGCUGCAAUUCCACGACAACGCCAGUCUCCACAUCAUCAUCCGCUUCAAGAUCGCCGAUGCGAUUCCCAAUACCCCUGACGGGGCUACGUUCGAUGCCGUAGCAACUACCACCGGCCUCCCAACCUCACUCAUCGCGCGUCUCAUCCGUCAUGCCUCGCUCUACUACGUGUUCCACGAGCCGCGCCCCGGUGUUGCCGCACACACGCGGGCGUCGCUUGCACUCCGCACCGGCGAGGGGGUGCGCGAUCGGCUUGACAUGGUGUUCGAAGAGCUUGGGCCCGCUUCACUACGGGCCGCGCACGCAUUAUCUGCUUUCCCGGGCAGCGAGGAGCCGAACGAGACGGGAUUCGGGUUGGCGUUUGGGGGGCAAUCGCUUUACCAGUACCUGAGCGAAAGGCCGGAGCGCGCGCGCGUUUUCGGAGGCGCUAUGGCGACGCAUCAGGAGACGGCCGGGCGCAUCAACAAGAUUGACAGCUUGAUCGAAGGUUUUAAUUGGAAGGGUCUGGGACAGGCAACGGUCGUGGAUGUGGGCGGGUCGCACGGCCAGGUGAGCAUCGCCAUUGCUAAAGUGGCACCUGAGCUGCGCUUCGUCGUGCAGGACUUGCCGACUACGGUAGAGCAAGGUAGGAAGAUGCUCGACCCGGCGCUGGCGCACAAAAUCUCCUUCAUGGCCUACGACAUGAACGACGUCCAGCCCGUGGCGGCCGAUGUCUACCUUUUCCGUCACGUGUUCCCCAACUGGCCCCGGAAGUAUUGUGUCAAGUUCCUCAAGAACCUUGUCCCGGUCAUGAAACCGGGAGCAAGGGUCAUCCUCAAUCAGGGCUGUUUGUCCAAAUGCGACACUUUGCCCCGUUGGGAGAACAAAUUCAUACGGUGUACCGACAUGUGCAUGUUGAGCAAGUUCAAUAGCAGCGAGAGAACUGAAGAAGAGUGGAAAGAAAUCUUCAGAUUGGCUGACCCGCGCUUCAAAUUCUGCGGGGUCCGAGACAAUGCCAGGGAUGAUGUGUUCUUCGUCUACGAAGCUGUAUGGGAGGAAAAUGGGUCUGAAGUGCCGAACUAA